AAGUCUACGUAACGUUCCACCGUCUGCGGUGUAUUACAAUAAUAAAAUGUUGUGGCAUACAUUAUGUAAAUUAGUUCAGCGCCAAACUUAUUCAUGUUUAUCACACAAGUUUGGCAUUUACAUGGCAUAUGCUGGUAUCGUGAUCGUUCUGUAUUCAGUGUUUCAUUUUGGAGAGGAAGUUCUUGUGUGGAGUCGCAACAAAUACGACGUUGCAUUCAGCGCAUACCAUGAUAACAUUGCCUCAACAUCAUUUCAAAACAGACUCUGCUCCGAAGUUCCAAUUGAUAUUGUUUAUACUUGGGUUAACGGAUCUGACCCAGAACUAAUAAAACAAUUAAAUGAAUUAAAAAGUAAAAUGAGCUUAAAUUUAUCAAGUGAACAAAGUGGAAUCCCAGCAGAUAUUACUUGUAAUUUAAAAGACUGUAUAAAACUACCGCUGUUAUCUGUGCUUCCAAUGAUUAAAGAUCUAACGUUAGAAAUGGCAAAAGUCAAAUAUUCAUCUGUCAAAAAUCUACAGUCUGUAUUUACACUUGAUCUACCUAAAGAAGUUGUUCAAGCAUCGGAAACACAAGCUUCAAUGUUAAGGUUCAAGACAGUAGAUGAUGCUCGUACAAUGCAAGUUAACAAUAACAAGACAAAUCAUACAAUGUUUCAAGCACAUGUAACUUCAGAUGCCUCAGCACCACAUUCUAUGAGGUUAACAUCAGCUUUCAUAUUAACUUCAAUCCCAAAACAGUUUAAAACUGAAGCAGAGGUGAAAGAAAAUUUGCCACAACUUUUAAAGGACAAACUGAAUUGGCUCCACUUCAGCAGCUCAAAGAACAGUGCAUUUAUUUGGCUCACAGAUUCAACACUGGUAGAUGAAUUUGCAAAGGAAAAAGGCAACUCUACUUUAAAAUUGGGAUUUGUAAUGGGAUCGACAUACAACAAAGUUGAUGUGAAACUUGCGUAUUUUGUUGGUCGAGUUGAACCACACGAAAGUGAAGAUGUAAUUUCAAAGAGUAGAUUUGAGGAUAAUGAAGAACUCAGGUAUUCCCUUCGUUCAGUUGAAAAAUAUGCACCUUGGGUUCGCCAUAUAUACAUUGUUACUAAUGGACAAAUACCAUACUGGUUGAACAUGGAUGCACCUCGUGUAACGCUUGUAACCCAUGAGGAAAUCUUUGUUAACAAGAGUCAUCUACCAACGUUCAGUUCACCAGCAAUUGAAGCUCAUAUUCAUAGAAUACCUGGACUUGCUGAUAAAUUUAUUUAUCUCAACGAUGAUGUCAUGUUUGGAAAAGAGGUUUGGCCUGAUGAUUUCUACACUCAUGCUGAUGGCCACAAAGUUUACCUUGCGUGGUCGGUACCUAACUGUGCAGAAGGUUGUGCCCCAUCAUGGAUUACUGAUGGAUAUUGUGACACUGCUUGUAAUGUAUCAGCAUGUGAAUGGGAUGGUGGAGACUGCACUGGUAAGAAUAUAAAGCCUGGUGUUGGUGCUGCAAGUAACUUUGGUGCAAACUCAUGGAGAAGUACCGUGUCUUAUUGUAAACCUGGAUGUUCCAAUUCAUGGAUUGCAGAUAGGUUUUGCGACCAGGCAUGUAAUACUUAUGAGUGUGGAUUUGAUGCUGCAGAUUGUGGAAUAAGUAACUUUGAUAAAGCUUAUAAAAUACCAGGUUUAAUAAAUGAAUCUGUAUAUCAAAUUCCUGAUGGUCAACAUUUGGCUUAUAUUGACUUAUCUAAGAAAUUUGCCAAAGUAUCGUCAGCAAGUUAUGAAAAAAAUGUCAACCUACGAGCAGCAGCUGUUUCCAAUAAGUUUCAUGUUUUAACAAUUAUAUUUGUGGUCAAUGGAAAUCAAUCUGAGGUUGCUUUCAAUGUGAGUGGUACAUCACCCACCACAGAUGGUGGUGACGAUAAUGUUAAAGGGGAUGACAGCUCAGAAACCAUAUCUUAUCAAUUUAAAGUUCGGGCGAACCCAUCAAGCAAAAACUCCAACAACACAAACAACACAAUCACUGAAUCAACCUUGGAUGGAGUUCGAACCACAACAGAAAUUUUUGUCACUGAAGCAGCAGAAAAUGUUGAAUACGACAACAUAAUCGAAUUACCCGAAGAAUUUAAGCGACCGCAAAUUUCUCGCCUUCAAAAGGAAGAAGCUCCGGAUCUUCCAAUAUCGGAAGAUGAUCUCAACAUCACUAUCCUUCCAGAAGAAGUCCGGAAGACCUAUUUAAAAUACAAGGAAGAGUUAUCUCUUGGUUAUUUGACAAGAAAGGGUUAUAACUCCAGUGUCUAUCAUAUAUUGUCACCAUAUUUUGAGCUGAUACGUCAAAAUUAUGUGACCAAGCCACACAGCGAAGUAAUUGCUGUCGAUCAGCAUGAAGUAACGACGGUACAACAAGAUGAUAUCAAUGUCAACGGACAUUCUCAUAAUAGGGGAGAUCCUGGUUUUGUAUCAAACACUGAAAAUAAACGGAAAAAGGUUGAAGUUGAUCAUUUAAGAAAAGACAGCGGUGUUUAUGGUCGAGAAACUUUCAACAGAAUUAUUCAAAGAGUCGGAAAAGAAACUUCAAGAAAGCAAAAUACAAGUAAUGUUGAAAGCAAGAGUUCGUUAACGUCACGCAAGUUGUUGUCAAUUGGUUCGUUGAAAGAACAGAGUGAUAAUGAAAGUCAAACCCUGGGUGAGAUUUUACAGAAUCAACCCCCUAAUGUGGAUGGAUUUCUACCAUGGGAGAAUAAGAAGGAAAUGGUCAAGUUUCAACAGCAGCUGGAAGAGAAUGAAAGAAAAAAGGCAACAGAAGAGAGAUACACAACUGUUUUUCGAAAGCGUAAACUUCUUGAUACGUUUGGUGAUUCCUUAAGAUUUGUGAGUUUACUUUAUAACAAGAAAUAUGGUUUCACUCAACGUAAAGUACCUGCUCAUAUGCCGCAUAUGAUUGACAAAAACAUCAUGUGUAAGUUACAAAGUAAUUAUCCACAUGAAUAUGAUAUGACGUCAUCGCAUAAACUGAGGCAUUCGCAGGACAUGCAAUUUGCAUUUUCAUAUUUCUAUUACAUCAUGAGUGAGUUGAAACAAUUUAAUGUUUCGGAAAUAUUUGAUGAGCUUGACACAGAUCAUUCGAAAGUUCUCUCUGAUCGAGAAAUUCGAUUAUUGGCCACCCAAAUAUUUGACCUCCCACUUACAUUAGAUGAAUUAACAUCAUUAGAAUCAGCUUUUAAAAAGUGUGCGAUGGAUCUUUAUGCUGGGCCUAACAUGAAUUCAUCUGAACACAACAGAAGUGUCACGUUCACUCAACCCAUUGAUGGGUUAAGUCCAUUGGCUGCUUCGGAAACUUAUUAUGACAAAGAGAUGCCGCUGGUGACGAGAGAAAUUGUUCUUUCUUGUGAUUUUAUUACAAACAAACUCAACAAAACUUACAGUGGAAGGAAGAAGUACAAAUAUGUUCAAUUGGAUGAAACAGAAGUUUCGUUCAAGAUGAUACGUAGCAAUGUAUCGGUGGUGGUGGGACAACUUGAUGAUAUAAGAAAACAUCCAAAGAAGUUUAUUUGUCUCAAUGAUAAUAUUGACCAUACUUCCAAAGGUGCUGAGACUGUGAAAGCUGUGUUACAAGAUUUCUAUGAGACUCUCUUCCCUACCCAAUCACAGUUCGAACUCCUGCAUGAUUAUCGAAAUCGUUUCAUGAACAUUCAUGAUUUGCGUGAGUGGAAACAGAAUCACGAGCGAACUUUGUUCAUCAUGCAUUCCAUCUUAAUCUUUCUUCUCUUCGCAAUUAUCAUCUCAUUCUUCUGGGAUCAAAUUUACCGCUUCUGGAGGCGACAUCGGCAUAAAGUUUUCCGGAGGGGUGUGUUAAAGGUUUGGAAGCUGAAGAACAAACCUCGUGACCCUGUGUAGUUAAACAAACCCAGGGUGACGCUGUGAUGUGUUCGAAGAUUGCUUCCCAAGUUUUCACUGGUUUGGUGUUGGUACUAUUCUACGACAUAUGCAAUUUUUAUUCUUUUAUUUAUUUCUUACUUCAUAAAGUGCUGCUGAUGUUUCUAAGUCAGUCAUACCACAGCAAAGUUUAUUUUGUCAAACUUCGACAAAAACUAGUAACAACUAGACACGGUAUAGCAAAAAAUGUUUGCAGUUAAUUUGACAAAAACUAAAUACAAUUUUCAAUUUGUCAACAGUCAAAAAUGAUGAAAAUUUGCCGAACGAAAGUUUCAUAUUACCCAGUUCUGAAUUCAAGUAUACUAGAAUAAGGUAGUUACAUACAAUUUAUGUUCAGAUUGCAAAAAAAUCGAAUUGCUAUGUUAUAUAAAUUUAACAAUUUGGUCGUAAAAAUCCAUCCCAGUUAUUAAAUACAAUUUCAUUAUGUAGUUAUUGCAACAAAACGAAUAGAUUUUGCAAAAUUUGCCACUGUAUUUAUUUUGUAUAAUGGUAUUUACAAUUUAAGUCAAUUUAUUCUUAACACAUAGUGGUUUAUCUAUAGCGUACUUGGUUCAGGUAUGCGGUAACUCUGUGUGAUAACUUUCAAUUCAGUUACUAAAACGUGGGCUAACCGGUUUGGUAGUAUGGUACCAAUAUUUAGAAUUAAUUCGAAAAUUAAUUUCAUUAUUUUUCUACCUUUUUUACUAAUUUUUGAAGAUUAGUAUUUGCUGUUCGUUUUUGAGUUCUACUACACUAUAAUAACAUUAACUAACUUUGGAAGAAAUUUAAAACAAGUGCAAUAUUUCUUCAUUUGAUUUUGUGAUUUCUAGUGCCCGCUCACCAAUUCCAAUUGAUUGUAUUUUUCUUGUAUUUUCUAAAUGUUAAGCCAAUGUGAACAAUACAUACAUAUACGACUUUAAUGUGAA